UAAGCUAUAGACUUUACACAUACUUAUAUAUUUGUUAUCAUAACUCUAUAUUUGCUCUGUAAAAACUUCUGGGUCAAUAAAGAUAUAUCACUCAUAUCAGUAAAGUAUUUGCGAUUCGUCCGAAGCCGAAUGUUUAAAACUGAUUAAACAAAGAUAUUGGGCAUAACUUUGUCGGGACAGAAGUUAAAGAUAUAGAUCGUUUCAGUUUAGUAACUGGAUAUUCACAGCGUUAUAAAAUUUAAAAGUGUUAAAAUUUAUAUAUUAUAGUUAACAACAAAUCAAUUAUUAAAUUCACAAUGGCGAAUGGUGAUAACAUAAACAUAAAUUUUCUUUCUAAUGAAACAAUUGAUAAAGUCUGUAAUAUAUGUAAACGGAAGGAUAAAAUCAGUGAAGCUGAAAAAUUCUGCAUUGACUGUCAAGAAAAUCAUUGUCUGAAAUGUGUCAAAGUUCACGAGGAUGUACCUUUGCUAGGCAACCAUGAAAUCCUGGACAAAGAUCAAUUUCAAUCUUGCUCAAGUGCAUACAUCCCAAUGUCUCCGACAGACCAGUGUGAGCGACACACGCAUAAACACGUAGAUAUGUAUUGUGAAAAUCACGAUGUUGUCGGAUGUUCAACAUGUAUGGCCGUAGAUCAUCGGUCAUGUCAAGGACGAUUCUACAUAUCAGAGUACAUUACAAAUGAUGUAACAAUCGACCCUAUCGAAGAAGAGCUCAAAUCGUGUGAAAAAACAUUGGACGAAAAUCAAACCUUUUUCCAACGCAAUAAAGAGCGACUUCUGAAAGAGAAAAGUAGUCUGCUGGAGGAUAUUAAAGGAUUACGAGAGAAAAUCAAUACCAGACUGGAUAAAUUAGAGAAAAAAAUACUGCGUGAAGUUAAUAAUGUAUUUACUGGUUUGAUAGAAGAGGCAGAGAAACUGUUUAACCUGCUUCAACCCUGUAAGGAAAGUGUAAAAGCUGGUCUUCACAAACUUCAAUCCCCGAGUCCGAGUGUGCAACAGACGUUUGUGAAUUAUAAAAGAGGGAUACAAAUUGCCAAUUAUGUCGAUCAACAACUAGGAAACAUUAGUACACAAAAGCAAAAUAUAACUGUUGACUUUAUCCCUGAUAAAAGAAUGCAAGUUCUGUUGGAAGAAAUAAAAUGUUUUGGUCAAGUAAAGCAACACUACAGCAAAAAUUCUUUAUUGGAGAUUAAAGGAAAAGUAGAAAAAUCAAUUACAGACAGGUCCAAGUGUAAUAUUGUUAGUGCAUGUGUUGCGGGAGACGGAUCAAUCAUAUUAUCUGAUCGUUCUAAUAGGAAUUUGAAACGUUUGGAUGAUUCUACUUUUGCUGUUUCAGAAGUAUAUCAACUAAGUGGAUGCCCAUGGCAAGUGUGUACAAUCAGGCAAAGGAAAGUAGCUGUUUGUUUGACAGAUAUCAAAACAGUCGAGUUCGUUUCGAUAGGAAAUAAAAUGUCAACAUCAAAUGACAUAAAAACAGAUUUUAUGUGUUUUGCUUUAGCCUAUAGCUGUGGUUAUCUGUAUAUUUCUGAUAGCAACACAUCAGUGUAUGUUUAUAACUUAUCAGGAAUAAAGCUUAAACAGUUUAGUAUGGACUCUUCUGGAAACAAUCUUUUCUCAGAUAUUCGUAUCUUAGCAGUGAAUAGAUCAAGAAUUUAUGUGACUGAUUCUUGGAAAGGACUUGUCAUUCUUGAUACAAAUGGAUCAAGUACAGGCAAAGUUGACGGGCCAAAGUUAAAAAGCGCAUACGGUGGCAGUUUAACAGCCGAUGGCUCUCUUCUUGUUUAUGACAAUGGUUCCGGAAUCCUUCAGUAUGGCGAAAACGGCAAGUUUGUUGGUAAAAUACCUAAACCAUCACAUACUUAUAAAAAUACAGUGUGGGGUCAGAUAACCAUUUGCUGCAAUAAGCAGAUGACUAAAUUAAUUUUAGCAGGAACAAGCGAUAAAAUUGAAGUGUAUAGAAUAAGCUACGGAAAAGAAAAGUAGAAAAUAGGUGACUAACGCACAUUUGAUAUCUGUCGACUAUCAUAAUAUAUAUAUGAUAUUACACAAGAAAUUAAGAAAUUUUUGGGCUAAAAUUUGGGAUUUUAUAACUAAACAAUGGCCCUCAAAGACCAUGAUUUGGGUUUACCUUUGCAUAAUUGUAACACUCAAAUAAUGCUCAAGCAAAGGUGUCAACCAGUGUUCCAUUGUUAUCAGUGAAUAAAUGGAAUCACUGGUCAACUGCCUCCCCUGCAGAUAUGGUCAUAGUCAAACCAUGUUUGAAACAUGUUUUGUCAAUGGCUGAACGUGUCCAAAGGACUUCAGCCAUUUGGAAAAAAAACGAAACAUUAAAUUAAAGAUAUCUCGAGAUGGCAAAUAGACCUUAUAUGGUUAUGAUUUAAGUUUUAGGACCAUACUAUGAUAGUGAUUUUGAUGUAAACUGUAAUAAUGGUCAUAUCAACUACCGUUUUGAUUAUGAAAUAGCAAUGUUAUGGACACAGUCAAAUUAUAGUUUGAACGAAACCAUUUCAAUAUCACCAAUUUUGAGUUGGCAAAUCAUGGCCAUAUCAUUUUUGACCAAAACAUGGUCGACUUUUGUUAUGUCCGUAAUCAUUUCCGCAGGGUCUAACUCCCUUUUAUGAAUAAGGUGAGCUGAAAAACUACACUUAACAUAAUAAGAAUGAAAACAUUUUCAAAAUUACAAGUUUAUAACAAAAGAUAACAAGGCGUAGCAUUAUAUGCCCGAAAAUCGUUUUUUUUUUAAUAAGGAUGAAGCAUUUGUAAGACAUGCGAAUUAAAUAGAAUAUUAACUCCUUCAAAAAGCAAUCCUCCUUUAUUGCUGAAGAACCUUUAAUGUAUAUAUACAGUUGCUGUUUCAAAAGCACCACCAUCAAGUUGUUAUCUUGUAAGUAAAAAUGCUACGACGGUUGGACGGAAAGAUGCCUGUGGUAUAUAACAUAAUAUAAGCAAAUAUUUGAGGGCAUAUAAUUAAUGUACUCAAUAUAAGUAAUCAUUCUAUUAAGUUUGACAGUUGUAAAAUUGUUAACAAUAUUAAGGUCAUUUGAUAUUGGCCUUUGACCUUGUGACCCCAAAAUCAAUAGGGGUCUUCUACCCAUUAUUGACAAUCAUCCUAUGAAGUUUGAACACUGUGGGCCAAAUGGAACUUAAGUUAUGUUCCAGACACGAUUUUCGGUGUAAGUCAUUGUGACCCUGACCUUUGACCCUAAAAUCAAUAUGGGUCAUGUAUUGGACUUGGCUGUUCAUCAUUUUACUGCUGUAGGUUGAUUAAUACUUAAGUUAUU